AUGUCUAGAGAGAGACCUCAGACCCUCCCGCCGAGGCUUCUACAAAGUCUUCACUUUGCGCCACGCAAAUUACGAGCAAUCUUCAAUAAAUACUAUAAAUGGAAGCGCAAUUCCUCGACGGAGAGUCCAACAUUCCAAAAUAUUUUUACUCCAUCAAUUCUCCACAGAUUACAUGCUCAACCACCUCAAAAGUGGCAACCAAGAAAGAAAACCCCGACCCUUCUUCGCUUGACUUCCCUUAAAGCACUCACCGAAGCCAUUCGCAACUACGACGGCAAAUACGACGACGGCCCAGCCGGUCUCAUAACCAGAGGAAUCGUCCCAUCAGACGUUCCACCAGCACCCCUCCACGGCCCUCGGCAGGACACCCUGGACCGAGCUCCUAGAAUUUGA